AUGGUGCUUACUCGGUCACGUGCGAAUAGUAUCGGACACAGUGAACAGCGACCUAACACACACCCUGUUGUUGCGGAGCAGUAUGACGGUUCGUUACCGUCUACUUCACAUGGCAGCGCCGUACCUGUCGAUGUUCGUACAUCGACACCGCCGCUGGCUGGACCUAUGUCCGCCGGCGUCUCGGCCCCAUCACCUCCGCCGCUAUACGGGCGUGAGUCGCCCGACUACUUACCGCGAUCGCAGCAUGGGCGUGCUCCGCCUGUCGCCUCACCUCAGCCGCCGGCUUCAGCACCUGUGCUUUUAUCAGAUCAGCAGUUUGUAUACUUACUUCAGGCAUUACGGCAGCCGCCUUACCAGGCCGCGCCGCCGCCGUCAUCAACUGUAAGUAAUCUUUCAAAUUGCUCAUCAAGAUUUAACGGCGAAGGAGACAUUAUGGCAUUCAUAGACGCUGUUCAAAUAUACAAGGACUGCUUAGGAGUCAGCAAUGACAUGGCGUUGAGAGGAUUACCGAUGCUACUACAAGGUUUUGCUGCCACAUGGUGGCAAGGCGUGAAGCACUCCAUUUCUAGUUGGGAUGAGGCUUUACAUCUAUUGCGUCAGACAUUUGGACCGCGCUUGCCACCACAUAAAGUAUAUAGAGAAGUGUUCAGCCGCGAACAAACAGAUGAAAAAACAGAUGUAUUUGUGUGUCGAAUACGAUCGUUGUUUGCACAACUCCCACCAAAUACACUGCCAGAAAAUCCAGUGCAGCUUGACAUGGUUUACGGCCUGCUUCAUAGAAGGAUUCGUGAAAGAGUACCGAGAACUAUAUUUGCGUCGUUCUCCGAGUUGUUACAACACGCCCGAGUGGUGGAAGAUAUUUUUGAUGAAGUGCGCGCUACCGCGCCCGUCAAGGAAAAUACUUAUAUACCCGUUACACCGGCACUUGUUGUACAAUCUCCGUUAAUACAAACACCUUCUACCUCUACAUCGAUACCUUCGUCUAGCAAUACACCACCUAACAAUAGACAAAGAUUGAGGUGCUCAUAUUGCAAAACUUAUGGACACAAUAUAGGCGACUGUAGGAAGUUAUCGCAAAGGAGACUCGCUUCAGAACCUGUAAAAAAAGAAACCGCACUUUCACCAGAGUUAUUGGAACCGCGCCCGGCAAUCACUUGUUUUGGAUGUGGUGCACCGGGGGUGGUUCGAUCAAAUUGUGAAGUGUGUAAAGAAAGACGAAGCGCACCUAUGCCUUCCACAUCUUCAUUUCAAUCAAUAGUAGCUGACAUUUCAGUAUUUAAACCGUGUGUGCGACCAAUUUUCAGUGUGGAAGUGUACAAUACCAUCGGUACCGCUUUAUUGGAUACCGGUGCUAAACAAUCCGUUGCUAGUGUCAGUUUAACGAGAUGUUUGCGUGCCAAUGGGCAAGUGUUCAAAUCCAUAGAAACCGAAUUGAAAUUUGCCGAUGGUACUAGGCGCGUAGAAAUAGUAGAAACCGCUUUAGUCAAUGUAAAGGUUCACGGAGUUGCCAUAACUACGCUUUUUAUAGUUUUACCAGGCGCCACCGAUUCAUUAUUGGGGAUGAAUUUUAUCCGGGACGCUGGCAUGGUACUAGAUUUUUUUAACAACAAAUAUUCAAUGCGCUCCACCACUUUUUUUGAACUCAAAUACGAACGAGACGACCACGUUGUGGCUCGUUCUGCUAUGGUUCUCCGCGAGUGCGAGACAACUCUCUUAACAGAUGUUGAUAAGAAUAAAUUAACAACUAUACUAGAAGAUAAUAGUGGUAUCUUCAGUUCAGGGGGAGGACCUACUUCCAUCGCUGUGAAUAAGAUUGAACCUAAUCAAGGAAUGGGUCGUUCGGGGGCAAUAAUCUCUGAUACAAAUUAUUUGCCCAAUAAAACGCCCUACCUUCAAGUAAAAGGGCGAAUUGAUCAUCCACAGGAUUUUAGAGAGCGUGCUGCUGAUAAAGACCGUCGUCUAAGUCCUACCUAUAAGGAGGGUGCUCUCGUACUCGUGGAGACCCAUCGCCCAAAUAAAGCUUUUAGGGGAUUCACCAGUAAAUUUGCUCCCAAACGCGAAGGUCCAUCCAAAAUUUCCAAAUGCGUAUCUUCCACGACCUAUGAAGUCGUGGACAAUAACAAUACCUUCCGAGGCAAGUACCAUGUCAGUCUUCUGAACCCUUAUACCGGUGUUUCCACCCCAAUUGUUCAUGGUCGUAGAAGAGGUAGACCAAAGCAGAAACAAAGUCCCAAGCCAGCACCAGAUAUUGCUACUGACUUGGAGGGGGAGGAUAUAGCGCAAGGCAAUGCGGCAACCCCGCGCGCCUCAAGGAUUCGAAAACCGCCCGUUAGAUAUCGGGAUGCGUCGUAG